UCCUAUUUUUUAAGCGGUGUUUCUUUUUUCAAAAAAAUAUUUUUUUUAAAGUCAAUAAGAGCUGAAGGUUAUUGUGGGAGCAAGUGGCCUUCUGCAGCAGCAGCGGCGUGUCUGCGUGAGUGGGCGGAGGUAAAAGGGGGGCGGCGGCAGCGGUGGCGGUGUUUCCACUCCUUUGCAACGUGGGAUUAAAUGGCCCCGGCCGUGGAGCUUCGAUGACUCCGGCAGAGGCAGCACGAAUGCGGCAGCGGUGCCCGUCCCAGCAGCAGCAUCCCCACCGACGGCUCUGCUGAAAGGCGGCCUCAGAGCAGCUGCGGUGAAGGCGGGCGGUGCGUGAUCCGGCCUCCUCGGGCAUCCUCUCUCCACGCGGCGCUUCUUGGCUUACCCUCAGCCUCCUCCGUGCCGCCCGAGGGGGGGGAGGUGUGUGGGGCGGCUCACUGGUCAGCUUCGCCCGCUCGGUCGGCGGCGCGGGCAGGAAGGAAGGAAGGAAGGAAAGAGCGAGCCCUUCUCCCCGCACUCUUCUCUCCGGCGCCGCCGCUCGAGCCUGUUUCCAGGAGCAUGGCGACGCUCCUGCGGAAGAUCGGGCUCAUCCGACUCCACAACCGGGACACGGAGGAUCCCAAGCACCACCACAACCAUCAUCACCACCACAACCACCACCACCACCGCGGCAGCCUCCAGCAAGGCUCCUCCUUGCGGGGCAAAAGCCACCAGAAGAGCAAGUCGUUGCAAGGGACGCCGGCCAGCGGCUGCGGCAGCCCCAGCAAAGAGAGCGGCAGUAGCCGAGGCAACAGCCCCGCGCGCAGCAGACCCAAGAAGGUGCUCGAGGUGGUCAAGCAGCAGCAGCAGCAGCCCGAGGGCCCCGACAGCGCCAGGGAGAAAGCGCCGCCCCACGCGGGCGGGAAGGAGCCCGGCCUCGGCAAGGAGCCGCCGUCGGGGGGCAGCCACGGGUGGUGCCGGCCAGCCGGCAGGCGCACUGCACGCAGGUGCGCACCCGGCGGCUGA